AUGAAGGGAAGUGGGUGUAAUACAAGUGAGACCAGUGAGAAAUGGGUUAGGAAUAAUGGAUGCCAGCAAGUCUCAAGUAUGGAGUCUAAUGAGACGAAUAACUUAAGAUUUGAAGACAUUAAGUACUUUGUUCUUCAAGGAAGAGCUGGUAAAAAAUUUAUCUUGAAAGGUAUCACUGGAGAGUUUAAAUCUGGUGAACUAAGCGCAAUUAUGGGACCCAGUGGGGCUGGAAAAAGUUCAUUGAUGAAUAUUUUAGCUGGUUGUUGUACAAGAAACGUUAUUGGCGAUGUGUAUGUUAGUUCGUCGCCGAGAAACCUACAGCAGUUCCGAAAGAUGUCAUGUUAUAUAAUGCAAGAUGACUUAUUGCUUCCUCAUCUUUCAAUAGAUGAGGCAAUGAUGUGCAGUGCUAAUCUCAAGUUAAGUGAAAAAACCAGUUAUGCGUCUAAAAGGAAAAUUGUUGAUAACAUCAUAAAUCUGCUUGGACUGAGAGAAGCUGUGCACACGAGAACUUCUCAACUUUCUGGUGGUCAAAAGAAACGCCUGGCAAUUGCUCAAGAGUUAGUUAACAAUCCUCCAAUAAUGUUUUUCGAUGAACCAACAAGUGGAUUAGAUAGUGCUUCAUGCUUUCAUUGUAUUUCUUUACUACGACGACUGGCACGUGGUGGUAGAACAAUAAUCUGUACAAUACAUCAACCAAGUGCAAAAAUAUUUGAAUUAUUUGAUCAUUUGUACUUCCUAACUGAUGGACAUUGUAUUUAUCGUGGACCAGUUUCAUGCUUAGUUCCAUAUUUGGCUACACAAGAUUUAAUUUGUCCAUCUUAUCAUAAUCCUGCUGAUUACUUUAUGGAAGUGGCAUGUGGUGAACAUGGUGAGCAUAAUAUGCGAUUAGCAAUGACUGCACGUCGGGGAGCACUUGAUGAAACAGUAAAUUAUUUAAAAGAGAAAAGAGCAUUCCUAAGUACUUCAGCAAGUAAUACAACUGAACGUCCAAUAGAUAAUGUCCAAUUGAUUGUCACCUCCUCGUCUCCUUCAUCAUCUUCCUCAUUGUCAGCUUAUCAUUCACCAGUUAAAAAGAAUGAUGAUAAUUCAAGGAAAAAUUCUAAACAGCUGGCGAAAGAUGAGACAUCAUUACACAUGGAAAUGUCUGUUUUCCUACCUCAUGCUAAUGGUCCUGUACAUACUGUAAAUCAAAGUUUUGUCAGUUCAGAUUGUAUAAAAUACGAUGACCCUAGUCGUGAAUUUGCUGCAAAUCAAUUAACACAAUUUCGAGUACUUUUUGUCAGAAAUGUUUUCUCAAUUAUGCGUGAUUCGACGUUAACCCAUUUACGUUUUGUGUCACAUAUAGUUGUUGGCAUUUUAAUCGGUCUUUUGUAUUUUCGUAUUGGAAAUUUGGGUUAUGAAGUUAUUAGUAAUGCAGCAUUUGUCUUCUUCACACUAUUAUUUCUUAUGUUUGCUGCUUUAAUGCCAACGGUGAUGACAUUUCCUCUUGAAAUAUCUAUAUUCUUCCGUGAACAUUUAAACUCGUGGUAUAGUUUAAAAGCUUAUUAUUUAGCAAAAUCAUUUGCUGAUGUACCAUUCCAGAUAUUUUUUCCUAUUGUUUAUGCAAGUAUCACUUAUUGGAUGACUGAACAGCCAAAUGAUGCCAUAAGAUUUUUUCAAUUUCUUAUCAUCUCUGUUCAAACAUCAUUAGUUGGUCAGUCAUUAGGUCUUGUAAUUGGUACAGCUACUUCAUUACAGGUAGCUGUAUUCCUUGGGCCUGUGACUGGUAUUCCAAUUCUUUUAUUCUCUGGAUUUUUUCUUAGUUUAUAUUCUAUACCAAAGUAUUUACAAUGGCUAUCGUAUAUAUCAUUUACUAGAUAUUCUUUUUCUGGAGCACUCAAGAUUAUCUACGGCAACAAUCGUACAGAUCUUGAUUGUCUUCGUAAACGUGCUAAUAAAAUCAGUUAUCCUUGUCUUGCUAAACCGACAAUGGUAUUUCAAGCAUUAAAUAUUCCAGAGUAUAAUGUUUCUGUAGAUUUUUGUGUACUGUGUAUAUUCUUCCUAUUUUUAAGAAUACUUGGCUAUUAUAUAUUGAGAUGGCGUGUUCGUGGUCAACGUUAA